UGUUUUGGAGACGCUCCGUCGCGAUGCGAAGCUCCCGCGCGCACUGGUGUGCUGAGGAUUCCUUCGGGGACGCGCGCAGGUAUUGCCCAACAGCCUGCCUGCGCGUCCACGGUCCUGCCUCUCUCCAAUAGGGAAGACGGUGCCGAAGUGGGUUGGACUGCCCACACCCACGGCUUUAUAACAUUCACACAAAAAGGCGGCCCGCAGCCGAACCCGGAGACACGCACGGAACGGAUCGAGCAGGAAGAGAUCGCGUACGCUAAGUUUUUGGACCCCACGCGCUCCACACAGAUCUGCUUGCUACCGAAAAUGGAUGAAAUCCAGAUUGUUGAGUCAAAACCUCUGCUGGAGGACAAGGACCUCCAGGGACUGAGAGAGGCGGUUCAGCAGCUCGAGCUGAAGGAGCACGAUGUGGAGACUCCAUAUGGCAAAGUCCAUUGCACCAUGAAAGGGGUCCCGAAAGGGGACCGACCCGUCAUCCUUACGUUCCAUGACAUUGGACUGAACCACAAGACGUGCUUCGACCCCCUGUUCAGCCAUGAGGACAUGCAGGAGAUCAUGCAGCACUUUGCCGUGUGCCACGUGGAUGCUCCAGGGCAGCACGAAGGAGCCGCCACGUUCCCCCAGGGAUACGAUUACCCAUCAAUGGACCAGCUUUCGGAGGUUCUUCCUCUCGUCCUCAAGCACUUUCACCUUCGAAGUGUCAUUGGAAUGGGCGUUGGUGCCGGCGCCUACAUCCUCGCUAAAUUUGCGCUGGACUAUCACACCAUGGUGGAGGGCCUGGUGCUGAUCAACAUCAAUCCCUGUGCCGAAGGCUGGAUGGACUGGGCUGCGCACAAGAUCAGUGGCUGGGCUCAUGCUAUGCCUGACAUGAUCAUUACUCAUCUAUUUGGGAAGGAAGAGAUCCACAACAACCAUGACCUGAUUGCCACGUACCGCCACCACAUCCUGAACGAAGUGAACCAGGCCAACCUGCACCUUUUUGUCAAGUCCUAUGACAGCCGGAGGGACCUAGAGAUCGAGCGCCCCAUUCCUGGAGGACACAUCACUGUGAGGACCCUAAAGUGUCCUGCUCUCCUGGUGGUUGGAGACAGUUCGCCUGCUGUGGAUGCAGUGGUCGAAUGCAACACAAAGUUGGACCCAACCAAAACCACUCUGCUUAAGAUGGCAGAUUGCGGAGGCCUGCCUCAAGUCGAUCAGCCUGGAAAGCUGACUGAAGCCUUCAAGUACUUCAUCCAGGGCAUGGGCUACAUGCCCUCAGCCAGCAUGACACGACUGGUCCGUUCGCGCACAGCUUCCGGCUCCAGUGUCACCUCCUUCGACGGAAGCAGGAGCAGGUCGCACACCAACGAGGGGCGCGCCCGCGCCCACACAGCCGACAACCAGCGCGGCCACGGCCUCGCCGAAGCCCCGGCAGAGGGAUCUACGGACCAGGCCGUGCCGAAAUCCACCGAAGUGUCCUGCUAGAGUCCUGUCCCAUCCCCUGUUAGGGGAGGCUUGCCUGCACUGCCCUGCUGCUGAUCCUGGAACGGAGGACUCUGGUGGUCCAAGCUCCCUUCUACCCACUAAACCUCAUCUGUGAGCUGUUCAUUCUUUCUAUGCCAAAGAUUCCCCCCCUCCCCACUCCUUGUAAAACAGCCGAUGAUUCCCUGAUACCUAAAGAGUUUGUAUGGAGGUGCAGCGGCCGUGAUGCCGGUAUUGGCUGCAGUCUCCAGAGGAACAGCUUGCCGAUGUGGUUGUGCUGUUGGAGCAGCCGCAGUGUCGGGGCAGAGCAGUGCAGGCGGCUUCGCGGACCUGUGUUGGCGACUGGCGUGGCUGUCCACUACAUACAACUCUGUAAAGAGUUCAUUUCUAAUGACCAGCAUAUCUUAUCUCCUUCAGCAGUAUAGUGUCCUCAGAAACAGGAAAAGCAGUGGCUGAUGGGUUUUCUAGUCUGAUAUCUCUUGUGUACUUCAGUGCAGUUCUAAUGACUAACAGGUUUCACCAGGUUUCUUGUACUGGAGAUCCUUUCCUGUCUCUAAAAGUUUUGAAAUGGAAGAAGGAGCCACUUGGAUCAAAGUUAGCACACUGUAGUUCAAACUGCUUUUCAGGAAAAAUAAAACCUGCAGGUUUUGAUUUGUAGUCAUAUACAUAGCUGAUUAAUCCUUGUUCUGGAGAGCUGUCAGGUGACUUAACUUAUCAAACAUUCAUUAUUAUCCGCAGUUAACCAAACCAGAACUUGCUCAUUUGAAACUUGAGGAAAAUACUCUUACUGCAAUUUUUUUUUUUUUUUUUUUUUUUCGUAGCACUGUUCUAGCUGCAGCAUUGUUUCCCCACAGUACAAAUGUUCUGCUUUUCUGUCAAUCUUAACUUUCUAUGCAAGCAUUAAUGACAGAAAAAUGUGCCAUUGAACCCCAGACUGGCAUUUAAGCAUCUUUUGUAAUAUUUUGAACAGAAUACUAGAGAUGGUCCUGUUGAAACACAAAGCUGCAAUUUUUCCUUUUGAUCUGCGAUUCCCUUUUCACCUGCACAAUGGCAAAAUGUUUCCAGCUUUUAGAGGUUUUGCUUUGUAAAGUUGCAGACGUACCUACUGUAGAUGGUUUUCAUAAGGACAAUGGUUUCUAUUUAUUAAAAAAGUUUAACUUUG